AUGGCCCCUAAAAGAGUAAUGGUCGAGCGCGGUGGUUCCCGCAACCAGCCCAAGGGCUACUUUGGCGCUACCUAUGAUAUGUUGACUUCCUCGGAGAACGCCGCCGUUGUCCGCAGCAUCGGCUUGUUCGGCGUGGCCGUAACCUUCCUUGCCAGCUCCUGGGGAGAGCUCCUGUUGCCACCGUAA